ACGCAAGUGCCUAAGCCAGAAAAGGAAUGAAGACGGUACCGAUAGAAUUUGUGGACUAUGCAAAUUGCCAAUCAUCACAUCGAAAUUUCCAUGAUAUGCGCCUAGUGAUCAUGGAUCGGUCCCUUUCGAGCAUUGCCUCCAUCCAUAGAGCUUGUGAUGGAUUGCUUAGCCUUCCCAAGUUCCACAACUCCUUUUAUCAUGGAGGAUAUUUCAUCGUGCUGUCAUAUACGAAGGCAGGACCUAAGAACUGUAGACUUCUCCCAGUUCAGGCCCAUCCCAUUAUUCCAAAGUAAUCAUGGAAACCAAAGAUCAUAGGAUUUUAGAGACCCCUCUUUGUCCUGCUUUUGAUGUUGAUAUCGAAAAUGUCAUGAUGGGAAGCCCAAAAGAGUGUCCAAACCCAGGAAUUUGCGUUUUCAUGUCGAGUAAUGGCGUCGGGGACUUCAGUUGGAAAAGAUCAGUGUAAGUUUUUCUUGGAGUAACAUUCAUAACGUAUUAGGGGUUUUACUUUGUCUUUGUGGAGGAAGAUCUUAGAAAUUGACGAGUCAUCGUAUGCCAGGUUUUGGAUACUCUCCUCUUCGGUGUCAAUAUAUGCAAGCAAACUGCUAUUGCUAGAAAAUGGAUUUCGUAAGUCGAAGAGCAGCAAAUGUACUUACUCAGGCUGAUUUGAAGACAGAUUACCGUACAGCAAAGCCCAUAACCAAAUUACGCAAAUAUUAAUCAUCAUUUAGCUCUAACUUUCUCUACAUCUUACUUCGGCCUCUGUUUAUCUAUCUUCACCAUCGCGUCACACUAUAAAGAAGGGACUGAUGUCCAGUGUACUACGAAAGUCUUUCGGCCCCCACUCAAUCAUGGAUUUGUAUGAUUCCGGCCUCAUUUGCUUCUGCAGUUGCUUUGCCAAUGUUCAUGGAGGCACUCAUACAUAUGUCAAGUCUUCCUGUUUUAGUCAUGCUCUUUGUGAGUGACAUCCUACAAAGUCAUAAACAUACCACUAACAAACCCCAGCCACUAAUCUAUCUAUCAGAAUAUCUUACUCUUUUCAUUUCCUUUUCAUCAACACUUUCUGCAAGACGCUUAUCCCUUGAAACAAUUGGCAUAACAAUUUUCACGACUUUAGUCCUAUACUAUGAGUGUCGUCUCACGGUUACAGGAAUUAUUUUUAGCAUUGGAGCUUUCAUUGUGGCCGGAUUUUCUAGAGCACUUUUCCUCAUGGCAUCUCAGAAACUGCAUGAUGACGAACAUAAGAUAUCGUCAUCCUACCAUGGUUACAUUUUAAUGACCACAACUUUUGGCUUCCUCAUAAGUGGCUCUUUAGCUUUUACUCAUGAGACCAAUUUACUGAAUCACUAUCUCGAUUCAGGCACUGUGGUUUUGUUUUUUAUCUCCUCCGCAAAUUUGGUUGGAGCAACAUUCGCUGGCAACAGUUUUCUUAUCUACUCUCCAAUAUAUUGUUCAGUUCGAAAUAAUUGGGAUGCCAAGUUAUCCCUUUCGCUUUCUAAGGUUAUCGUUUCAGGAAUCUCUAGCAUUCUUAUUCUUCUGAUAUCACUGAUUUUUGGGCCCGUAUCUGUGGUAUCAUGGGUUCAGUUUAGUGCCUACUUUCUGGCCAUGUUAUGUCUUAUUGGAGUUUCUACAGUUCACAAAUUCUUCGAAAAGGUGUUCGAAUAUCUUCAACGUCAUGUUCUUUUCCGUCCAUGUGACCAGGAUCCAAGCCCCAUGCCGAAGAAGAAUUACGUGUCGGUUUUAAACAUCUCGCUCACUGCCUCGGCUGUAUUGUCUUUCUAUGCAUUAUCCCUAUCACAACUCCGUGGAUUGUCACCAGGACCAGCUCCCUCUUUCGAUAACUCAUACACUCCGGAACCAUCAUCAUUCGAUAUCGUGAUAAGCGCGUACACAGAAACACCCGAGUCAAUCGCACGCAUGCUACACGCCAUCAAAUCAACAUCAUACUUAUCUUCAAUUGAUCCCCGCGUUUUGAUAUACACCAAAGACCCCACUGUAUCCUUAUCCAUGUUGAAGAAUUCCACAGGCGUUGAUAUCGUUAAACGUCUACCCAAUCUUGGUCGCGAAGGAGGGACGUAUCUCAGUCAUAUUGUUAACGAAUGGGACCAUCUUGCGGCUCAAACCAUGUUCAUUCAAGCUCAUGCUCAUAAUAUUCGGGAGCUCAUACCUCGAAUCAACUCAUACUUGGUGCCGCAAACAGGAAUGUUGAGUCUCGGGUUUUCUGAAGCCACUUGCUCAUGCAACAAUUGUGGUGACAGGUUUGGAUGGAAAGACGACUGGUCUGUGAUCCCGAGUCUGUAUGAACGUAUUUACGACUCGAGUUGUUCCGAUUCCACCACAGUUCUUUUAUCAUACAAGGGGCAAUUUGUCGCAUCAGCCAAACGGAUUCGUGGAAUUAGUCGAGGAAAUAUGAGGAGUUACUAUCCACGAUAACAAGUGAAAGUGGAUGGAGUCAUGAUCCACGAUUUGUGAACAAAAAUGAUUCCACUGACAAUCCUUCGUUCGGAUUUGCAGUCGAGAGAAUAUGGGGUCUGCUCAUGCAAUGUGCGACUGACGACCGAGUUUCAACAAAGUGUCCGUCUAUGCUCAGCGGGAUGAUUAGAGGAAGUGAUGUUGGGGAUUGUCAGUGCUUGGAUACAAAAUAAAUAUUUAUUGGUCACCCAUUUAAAGAAAGAUUGGUCUAAUUGGUAAUAUCUGGAGUUUGGUGUAGGCACCUGUAUAUAUUGUGGUUAAUGGAAUUUUCAAUACAGAUUCAUAGCUUGAGAUAUUGUAUGAUAGUCAGUUGAAGAUUUAAACUGUUAAAGCUGUUAUAAAUAUAUGAUAUCAAUUGUUGUAGAUUGUAAAUGGAAGUAUUAUAAGUCUAUUCUUAUAAAAGUUUUAUUUUUAAAAGAUUUAUUAUUAUUUAUUUUAAAUAUUUUGAUUUUAAUUUCUAAUUAAUUGUCGGCUUACUGAUAUUAUAAUCUUGUUAUACACGAGAUUUACUUAAUAUAGAUAAUAGAAAAUAAGAAACUCGUUUAAAUGAACCACGAUCCUGAUAAUCU